AUGGCGGUUUCCUUGAAAAAUUCCAAACGGCAGCAUUCCGAUGACGGGGCAGAUGUUCAAUCUAUCAGCGGCGAGAUGGGAGAAUCCGAAAAGAAGGUAGUAGCUCAGGAACACUCUUCGUCGAGCGAGCACGCUAUAAACAUUAGCGAUGUUGAUGACACUACUGUAUUCUACAAUCUUAACAAAGAUAAGGUUGGUCUGAUAACGCCUGAGAUGGAAAAGAAGGUAGUCCGCAGAAACUUCUGGUUCCUUUUAGGCCAGACAUGGUGGAUUGCUUUCCUUAUCCAUCUCGACAAAUCAACACUCUCCCAGGCCAGUACUAUGGGUAUCUUUCAGGAUGUCAAUAUGACCAAGAAAGAAUACAAUGACCUCUUUGUUGUAUUUUACACUGGGUAUCUCAUUGCCCUUUGGCCUGGCGCAUGGCUCUCUCAACGUACUGGCCAAAAGUAUUUUAUUGUGGGAUCGCUCUUUCUUUGGGCAUUUCUGCUUGGAAUGCACACGGUAGUCAAGACAGGAAAGCAAUUAAUCGCACUGAGGUUCAUCCUGGGCAUGACCGAAUCGCAGAUCGUGCCGAGCACUACCGUUCUUCACCAAGCCUUCUUUCCUCCUAAACGAAGUCCUUGGGUUCAACUACUGUGGUGGGCCUCUGGCAGUUUAGCCAAUGUGCUCUUGACCAUGGUUGCUUACAAGUUGAUUCUAGAGGAAGGGAACAGCGUUUUGGUGGGCGGCCUUUCAUCCUGGAAAUGGCUCCACAUCAUAUGUGUUAUUCUGACUUUUGUUGUCUGUGUUCCACUCUAUUUCUUCCUCCCGAAUUCUCCAGUUGAUGCAAAAUGGCUUUCUACAGAAGAGAAGAUUAUGACGAUUAGCUCUAUUCGCGAGUCUCAGUCUGGAAUUAAGAACUCCUCUUGGAAAUGGUCUCAAGUCCGCGAGGCUUUUACAGACUUGAAAAGUUGGUUCUUUAUUUUUCACAUGUUCUUUAACGAACUCCCGAACAACACAUCACAACAACUGCCACUUAUUAUUGUCGGCCUUGGAUUUACCCCUGCAGAGAGUGCGCUAUUCAACAUUGCGAAGCCGCUCAUUGGUAGUUUUCUCAUCCUUGUCUCGGCCUUCAUGCUCUACGCCACAAGGCUGGGUACAGGUUAUACAUGUGCCAUUUCUUACAUACCAUGUUUUGUUGGAGGUAUUAUUGAGCUUGCUGCACCAUGGUCCAACAAGGUUGCACUUGUUGUUGGGACUCAGAUAUCCACUUUCAAGCCUUCAUAUCUUCUAGGACUUUCAUGGGCGGGAACUGCGACUACUGGCUACACGAAGAAGCUUACCGUACUGUCCUCUUGUGUUGUGGCCGCCUCGGUCGCGAACAUGAUCUCACCCGAAUUCUGGCAACCGCAGUACCAGCCGCGGUAUACUCUUCCCUGGUCAUUCAUGACGGCUUUUUGGUUCAUCUCACCAGCCAUGUGUCUUCUUAUCCGAUUCUAUCUUUCGCGUCAAAAUGAAAAACGUCGGCUUCUCCUCGAAGAAGCGAGCGAUGCUUCCGACAGAGACGUUUUGCAAGCAGAGGGCACGACCAUUCAGAUUCACAGUGAAGAUCUGGAUCAGACUGACCUACAGAACCUCCGUUUCGUGUACCCCCUUUAA